AUGGCCUCCUACGGCCAUCACGCGGCCGCAGCUGCACCCCGACCAGCGCAACCUGCCAACUACCCAGUUCCCGUGCCAGGACACGCCUCAGCAGCCCCAGCUGGUACCUUCGCCCCUGGUACCAAGAUUCAGGUCGGCUCCCAUCGCGUCGUCAUACAGAAAUAUCUCUCCGAAGGUGGCUUUGCCCAUGUCUAUCUUGUCAAGCUCCCCAAGCCUCUCGACGGUACGGACCUGGCUGUCCUCAAGCGGGUUGCUGUGCCUGACAAGGAGGCGCUUCGCUCCAUGCGCAUCGAGGUCGAGACGAUGAAAAGGCUCAAGGGUCACCGCAUGAUCGUCACAUAUAUCGACUCGCACGCCUCUGAGCUUCGAGGUGGUGGCUUCGAGGUUUUUCUCCUCAUGGAGUACUGCAAUGGCGGUGGCUUGAUCGACUUCAUGAACACCCGGCUCCAACACCGGUUGACCGAGCCCGAGAUCCUCCACAUCUUCACCGACGUGGCGGAGGGAGUUGCCUGCAUGCACUACCUAAAACCUCCGCUUUUGCAUCGCGAUCUCAAAGUAGAAAACGUCUUGAUUCUGAGCCAGGGGUCCAAGAAGAGGUUCAAACUUUGCGAUUUCGGUUCAGCAGCACCUCCAAAACCCGCGCCCCAGACGGUUGUCGAGUGCAGGCUCCUGGACGAGGAUGUGCAGAAGCACACAACCCUGCAAUACCGGAGCCCGGAGAUGAUUGACGUCUACAGAAAACAACCCAUUGACGAAAAGUCGGAUAUCUGGGCCCUCGGUGUCUUGCUGUAUAAGCUGUGCUACUACACGACCCCCUUCGAGGACCAAGGCCAAUUGGCCAUCUUGAACGCAAGCUUUCGGUUUCAUAGUCACCCAGUCUUCUCUGACAGGCUGAAAAAGCUCAUAGGUAUGGUCAUAUCGCAGUCGAGGCCCAACGUCUAUCAGGUAUUACGAGAGGCUUGCGCCAUGCAAGGCCGCGAGGUUCCGAUACAUGAUAUCUACGCCGCCAGGGCGCAAUCUGAGCCUCGACGCAGCGACAAACCGCAGCUGGAAAAGUCAACGCCUCCAGUUGUUGGCGCUGUCUUCUCCCCACCGCCGCAAGAGACGCAAACGAUCCCCGAGGUGGUUCCUAUGAGGAGGGGCAGGCUUCCGGUUGCCUCUACGCAAUCAGCCUCUCAGUCUCAACGACCAAGUCCAUCGCCUGGUCGUGUCACCAGCGGCGAUCCAUUCGCUGCUCUCGACGCCAAAGCGAACAACAACACCGGGGCAGGCGACGAGCUUUCGUCUCGCUUUCCCACGCUUGAUCAAUUUUCCCUUCUUCACAACAACGGUGGAGGGAGCUUUGACUUCACCUCUCCGGCAACACCCCCGGCUGCACAGCAGAGUGAUCUCAAACAGAAGGUUACUGAACACCUGGCGGACGAGGCUUUCGCAAAGCCCUCCAGCCCCCCUGAAGCGUCAGAGUCGACACGCUCGCACACCAUAGCACAACCGGUUUCGCUUACGCAACCUCCUGCCAGUGUCGAAUAUCCUGCUACAGCUACAGUCAGCUUGAAGAAAACAGCAUCUGCUCCACCGAAGCCGUCUGAGAUGAGCCGAGCAUCAGCGAUCAUAACUCAAAAUCCAGAACUGCGAGCAAUCUCCUCGCAAUCCACACAGAAGUAUGUUUCAACUGGUACCAUGACAUCUACACCACCGCCAUCCGACAAGGCGCGGGAGCCACCAGCGAUCUGGCGAGUACCAUCUACCGAUCACCAUCGAUCUACAAGUCUACCACGUAAACCCGACGACAGUCAUCGUGUAGAGUUCCGUGAGGGUGGAAUUUCUUCGGGGCCACUGUCUCGUCAAAACUCUUAUCAAUCUCACACGCGCCAUCCUUCGUCAUCUCGCCCAUCAUUAGAAGGGGGUCGCCCCAGCGCAGACCAUCUGGGAACAUCUUUACAGCCAAGAAUGGCGAUCGGACGCCAACGUCCGGCCAGCACACACCUUGAAUCUAGUAUAGAUUACCUCCGCGAGCGGCAAAUGGCUUCCAAGCCAAGUGGAUCGCCAAGUAUCCCUUCGCCCAGGUUACCAGAACGGCCUGCCGAUAAAUCGUCUUCUCCCGCGCUGAUUAGCCUUGGGCCGGAGGAUGAGACUAACAUCGAAUCAAACGUCGAAUUCUUGCGCAGCAUGGAGGACGCAAAGAAAGAUCGAGGCUCGUGGCACGGAAAGAAGAGCAGUGUCAGCUCGACCUCCGGCUCUCGAAACAUCCUUGCUGGCAAGUUCGGAGACGCUUUCAAGAUUUUCGAGGGCAAACAUUCGACGCCGGCAAUUCGGACUCCGUCUCCUCUCAAGGAACACGACCGCCGCGAUCUGACCCCCAUUGCGGGUUCCGAGGCCACCGACGGGCGAAGUGAUGACGGGCGAGCUCAGGAAGACCAGGAUGAUAUGACACCCGAGAUGCGGCGUGACCUGGAGCGACAGCGACUGGCAGAGGAAGAGCGACGUGUCGAACUUGCUCAAGCUGAAUAUCGCCAGCGCAUCGCCAGCAAGCCCCAGCGUGCCGACGGGGGUGCCGCCGCCUCUCCGCCGAAACGGUCUCAGCUGCCAGCCAACGAGCAGCUCGUGGGCACGAACAUCCCUGGCCGCCCGGCGCUGGACAUGACGGCCAAGGAGAAGGAUGACUACGUCGAGGACUUCUCGAAGCGAUUCCCCAGCCUCAGCGCCAUCGAGAUGGUUGAGCGGGACAUAGACACCGAGCCGCGCGAACGACCUGGGAGGUAG